AUGGCGAGCUCUCCGACCCCUCGAGAUAUCCGGCGUCUCGCUUCAGACCAUGAUUUUGUCUUUGGCGCCCACCCGAAGCCGAAACGGCUUGGAUGGUGGCCGUUCAUUGCAACUCACAUCUCGAUUCCGGCCGCUCUAGUGGCCGGUAUCAUUUUCGUCGUCGUUGCCAUCGUCUACACCAACGAGGUCACCAAGCAGAUGUUCGAGUGCCCGGAGUGGUCAAACUACUGCCGAAUGGCCGACAGAUGGACGAUUGAGAACCUAGGGACAGUUCAGGGCAUCAUCACCAUGGUCUAUCUAAUUGGCAUGGUAGCAUUGGCAUAUGCUGCUCUUGGGUUGUGCGAGGCAACGGUGUGGCCGCUGCUUCACAAACAGUCGUUCACCAUCAAGGGGCUGAAUGCCUACUUAUCGACGACUCGCGGAUCGAUCAUGUUAUCCCCUGCAGCCAUCAUGUCGGUGAGGUCGCUGGCAGCCGGAUUUGUCCUCGCCUGCGCCCUUGUUGUGACGCUACUCCCAUUUUCCGCGCCUCCGCUUGUUGGACACGCAUAUUCUCCCAGCUGGCAACAAGUCCAACUCGCAGGCAACUACACCCCCGGCGGUGGCAUCAGCGAGCUCUAUGCUCAAACCAACCCCCCAACCUCGGUUAUGGUCCGAGUCCUCACCGAGUACAACACAUGGGCGACAGACCCAUCCACUGAACCUAUGCCGGAAUACCGAGACUGGUAUAUCGAUAGGGAGGCUCUGGACGAGAGAGGGAGCUUCACCGCCAAUGCCGUCCGGCUCCAAUCCUCCAUCUCGUGCCGUCCACACGAGGUUGCACAGCUGAACAGGGACAACGUCUGGUGGAACGCCUUCCUGACAAAUAUGACGCGCACCAACAACAACUCGACCCAAGCCGGCGAGAAGGACAGCAGUGCCGAGGUCUGGAUCAGUCCCCAGGCCCAAUUGACUGUAUGGGCAGACGACUUUGAGUUUGUCUCGGACCGGCGCACCCGAACCACCCUGAUCUUUGCCGCGAUCAACGGCACCAUCGAAGGGGGCAGCACGACGCCCCUUAUCCUUGGCAACCUGACUAGCGUGUCCUCGGUGGCCUGUGACGUGGAGAUCGAGGCCGUCGACGAUACACUUUCGGUGGGAAACAUGCCCAUACCAGCCGACACAAGCACCCUGCACACUCUCUCCUCGACCGACACUCUCACCUUCAGUCCGGCCGCAUCCAACAAAACCCGUCUCAACGAACUCCUCCUCUGGUUCACCAUCGCCCCGCUCAUGACCAGCACCAGCGUCGACGGCACCCAACCCAUGUUCACCAACUCCACCACCACCGGCCUCCCCCUAGCCUACACCACCACCUCCUCCACAGCCCCCAACACCUGGACCACCCACGGCCUCACCACCUUCAUCCGCCUCGCCAUCGGCGCCCUCGCCCAAGCCACCACCACCACCACCUCCCCUUCAUCCCCUACCCCCCCGGGCCAACAACAACAACAACAACCACCCCCACCCCCCUUCCUCCUCACCACCACAACCCUCACCCACCGCCUCUCCCACCCCCGCACCCUCCUCCUCCUCAUCCCGCCCCUCCUCACCCUCACCCUAACCCUCCUCAUCGCCCUCUACACCAGCCACCUGCACGCCACGCUCAGCAUCCCGGUCAUGCGCGGCGCCGACCUCGGCGAGCUGCUCAAGAGCUCGCAGACCGCCUGGCUGCGCGAGGUUGUGGGGACCGAUGCGGCCAAGACGUAUCUGCCGAACGAGCUGGCGGGGGAUGAGGACUAUUACUCGGCGUAUGAAGAUGCCCUGGUGAAAGCGCUGCUUUCGUUCACGGCCGGGCCUCAUCGGUAUCGUCCCGCCUUCCCAGUCUAUCAAUGA